AUGUCAUCAAUACACGAUGAUAAUCAAGCAGCACUGUUGACAGAUCAUACAACGACUUCUGUGGUUUCAGCUGAAGAUUUGGUCGAUGCAACUAUAUUGGUGGUCGAUGAAACAACACCUAAUAUUGUAUCUACCCCUUUAAAACCUGACCUAGAUCAGCAACAACAACAACAAGAAGAAGAAGAGUCAUUGUCUUUAUCAUUGACAACUUUAAAAUUAGAGACAUCAUCUGACCAAAUUAAAAAGGAAGAUAAUGUAGUUGUCAAACCACAAUCACCUUCUUUAUCGAGAAAGAAAAAUGUUGCUACUACUUCAACUACACCUUCUUCAUCACCAAGUGUUAAAUCAAGAUUAUUGAAUGGAACUACAACUACAACAACAUCGACCACAGGGUCACCAAGAACUAGUAGUUCUGUUACAUCAACUGCAAGAAUAUCAACACCAAGUAAAUCAGGAUCAACUACAACAUCUAGAGUAAGCUCACCAUCAUCAUCAUCAUCACCUAAACCAUCGACACCUAUUCGAUCUACCUUUGGUGGUGUAUCAUCUACUCCAUCCACUCCAAAGACACCAACUACUUCCUCGUCGAAUAGAAAUAGUGUCAAUCUUACACCAACUACUACUACAACUUCAUCUAGAACAUCAACUACCAUGUCUCCAUCUACAUUGUCAUCGACAUUUAGUAAAUAUGCGUCGUUGAGUAGUCCACAACAAGCACGUAGUUCGACCAUGCCAACACCUCGUACUGUUUCCAGUCCACACUUGCAUCGAACAACCACCUCUCACAGUUCAUUCACUCCAUCCAAAUCACUUCCAUCGUCACCCAAAACACCAUUGACUCCUCCGACCACCACAUCGCCAGGACAAAAGAAAGAAUUGCUAGACUUUUGGAAAAAGAAAGAGGUAGAGUCCAGUCCCACUAGAUCACCCUCGUCGUCGUCACCAAGAGUUUCAUCUCCUGCAACACCACGAUCACCUCUCUACAAGACUACUACUACGACACCAGAUUCUAAGCGUACUGUAACGAGUACAACUACCACUGCUGCUGCUCCAGGAUCCCCAUUACCAAGUUUGAGUGGAUUAUCUAGUUCUCCAAGAACAGCUUCUCCAUCAACUAGUAGAACAACGUCACCAUCUCCAUUACGUACAAGUAGCAGUAGUAGUGGAAGUAGUUCCCCACGUACUACUUCUCCCACUAUGUCCACCUCACCAAUUUCCCCAUCACCAUUGAGAACUAGUUCAUCGUCAAUCACUAGAUCGACAUCGAGAACUUCAACUCCAUCACCAUCCACCUCUAGAACAUCUACACCAUCUCCAUCAACUUCUAGAUCAUCUACCCCUACUACCACCUCUACUGCCGCCAAGACCACUACUACCACGUCAAGUUUGAGUGGUAGAACAUCAACCACCUCUACUACAUCUACCACUUCUACUACUACUACUACCACUGCAUCCAAGAGACAUUCUAUAGCAAUCUCCAAACCUGCAACAACACCAACUCCAUCACCAUCGACUAGCAGCUCAUUGUCCUCUACCAUGACAACUAGAGACAAGAGAAGCUUAUUGACCACUAAAAAGACGUCAUCAAUGACUUCAUUACCAACUACCACAACCUCCAAAUCAUCACCAUUGGCUAGAACAGCCACCACUCCAACAAGACCAUCCACUGCUUCUUCAAUUACAAAACCAACAUCUACCACCCCAACAAAGCCAACCACCACACCAAAGGUUGAACCUGUUAAAAUAGAACAACCAAAGGUUGAGGAGGUAAAAGUUGAAGAACCCGUCGUCGUCGUCGAGCAAAAGGUCGAGGAGGUUAAAGUUGAAGUCAAGGUUGAGGAACCAAUCGUCGAAGAACCAAAGGUUGAAGAACCAGUCAUCGUUGAGCCAACAGUUGAACAAGUCAAGGUUGAAGAACCAAUCGUCGAACAACCAAAGCUUGAAGAGCCAAUAAUUGUCGAGCCAACAGUCGAACAAGUCAAGGUUGAAGAGCCAAUCAUCGAACAACCAAAGGUUGAAGAACCAGUCAUCGUUGAGCCAACAGUUGAACAAGUCAAGGUUGAAGAACCAAUCGUCGAACAACCAAAGCUUGAAGAGCCAGUUGUCGUAGAGCAAACAGUUGAACAAGUCAAAGUUGAAGAACCAGUCGUCGAAGAGCCAAUAAUUUUCGAGCCAACAGUCGAACAAGUCAAGGCUGAAGAACCAAUCAUCGAACAACCAAAGGUUGAAGAACCAAUCAUCGUCGAAGAACCAAAGGUUGAAGAACCAGUCAUCGUCGAGCCAACAGUUGAACAAGUCAAGGUUGAAGAACCAAUCAUUGUUGAGGAAACCAAUGUAAAGAUUGAAAUUGUUCAACAAAAAGAAGAAGAUAUUAAAGAGCAAAAAGAAGAAGAACCAAUUAUCAUUCAAGCUCAACCUGUACAGAUCAAAGAGGAAAAGAAAGAGCAAUUUGUAGAUGAAGAUGAACAAAACCAACUUGGAUCUGCACAAAAACAACAAGAACAUUUGAUUGUUCCAACUCUGACAACUGAGCCAGUUAGUGUGGUCGUAUCAGUUGAAACAAACAAGGUUGAUGAACCAUGUGACGGUUUGGGAUCAAGCAAGGAAACCAAUAGUUCAACAAAUAGCAAUAGUAAUAGUACAAAUAGCGAUAAAACAGAAGAAGAUGAUGAAGACGAACAAGAUGAAGAAGAAAAGGAAGAAGACGAAAAAAUCAAUGGCGAAAAGAAUAACGAAAAUAAUGAUGACGAAAAGAAAAAUAACAAACAAGAUGAAAAGAAAUCAGAUCAAGAAGAUGAUCAAGAUGAGGAAGAAUCAUCAGAAGAAGAGGAAGAAAAGAAAGAAUUGGAAAAGGUACCAGAAACUUUGCCAGUAGUUACUGCACCUGCACCUGCACCUGCACCAGUAGUUAUAGAGAAAAAGUUUGUUCCACCACCUUUAAUUUCAUCACAUUCUUCUCCAUCAUUACCAACCAACAAUAACAAUAAUAAUAACAACGAUCAUCUCACUACUCCAUCAUUUAGCACAAUCUCAACCUCUGCCGAAUCCCUUCAAUCAUUCCAUUCAUCACUUGCAUUACCAACAAGCAGUGGUAGAACCGAAUCAUUGACAGCUCCAUCCACCCCAACCUCCCUUCCUCUGUCUGCCACCCAACCCAUCCAACUCCCACCAUCGGCAGCCAUCUCCAAACCCGUCCUUCCACCACGUGACAUCAAGGAAGACACCAAACGUGUAUGGGUUAGAGGCUUUUCCACUUUGCCAGUAGGUGCUGAUCUCCCAAGACUUGCAUUUUGUAUUUCUAUUUUUUCACAAGACCAAGACCCAACUGUCGAUCUUGCCAACCGAGGUAAUCCUAAAAAGACGGUUCUCGAUAUUUUAUUCGCCCUUAGACAACUUUUCAGCAAUAUUAACAACAAUGACGCACAAACCAACGAAUCAAUCCAAACCAACUUUGAAUUGGUCCCAAGAAAUGAUGAUGGAUCAAUAAGACCAAAUGAUCUUGUUCAAUUCCUUAUAGCAGAAUUUGGUGAAUCUUCUCCCAUUUUGCAAGUAUUAAAGGGAUGUAAUCAAGCAAUUAUUGCACCAUCAGUUAUUGAAUUGAGACUUGGUAUUUGUCCACCAAAAUUAAUGUUCAAGGACGCCGGAGGAUGGAACAUCAAGGUUAGUCGAGACGAAAAGAAUGACAGUGUAAUAGUAUCACAUACAAAGAAACAACAACACAUGGAUCUCAGAAAGGAAGAUGAAUAUUUUGAAUUUGUCUGGGAAUUGGAAAUGGUAUUCAACAAUGAUGUUACCCAACUCAAGGGUGUAACACUUUCAAUAUUGGAAUUGAAUUUUGGUGAAAAGACUAGACAAGACAAGAAAGACGAAUAUCAUGCAAUCUUUGAUAAACAUUUGAAAACUUCGAAACAAUAA